CUACGUUCUGCGGAUUGGUCAGAAAGUAGCAGAGCUGGGGUUUUAUGACCUGGUGGAGGAUGUGAGGGGCAUGGAUGCCAGGAUGAAGGUUCUGAAGCUUUUCAAAUCCCUGCACAGAACAAGACAGCACGUCUUCCAGAAUGACUCGCGGGCGUUAGAAGCUGGCAGACAGAAAAUCAAUGAAGAAUUUCAGAAACAUAAAAAUGAAAGCACUCCUGAAAAAAUAUCGGAGCUGCUAAAAAUUGGGCAAGAUGUUGAGCUUUUGCUCAGGACAACUGUUAUCCAAGGUAUUCACACCGAUUCGAAGACAAUAGUUCUACAGCCAAGGGAAGAGGUCCUCCUAGACAAUAUUCCGUAUUGUGAUGCACCAAAGAAGUGACACUACCUCUAUUGGGUUUUAACCAUUUUAUCACCAGUUUUUUGUUUGACCUCCAUUCAUAUGGGAAAGAUCUUGUUUUGUAACACAGAAAGGAAAAAAUGGUACAUUUGAUUUGGUAAGAAAAAUAACUUUUAUUAGCUUUUAUGUGCAUGUAAUGCUCACGUGUUAAGAACAAACUUUUUUAAUUUUUUUUUUAUCACCAAAAACAUUCAGUAAAUUAUUGUAUUGUGAAUAAAGUAUUUUACUUCAGACCUG